UUUUUCAAUUGUUUUAGACUCAUAUUCAGUGAUCUGCGCAAGGCCUCUUUGUGUUUCCUCCCAAAAUUGAAUCUUUUGCGCCUCUUACUUUCUUUUCAAUUGCUUUUCUUGUGGGUUAGGAAAUGUCUAAUUUAAGUUAUUGCUCGUUUAUUUUUUAUUUUGUCUGAGCUAUGAUCGACCUAACAACUCUUUGUUUAUCAAUUGGAAGGAGCUUGCAUAAAUGGAGUCUUCCAAGGAGACCGGCUACCAACCUCGAGAAGGCCCGAUUCUCUGCAUCAACAACUGCGGCUUUUUCGGGAGCGCAACUACGAUGAAUAUGUGCUCCAAGUGCCAUAAAGACAUGGUUUUGAAACAGCAGCAGGCCCAGUUUGCCGCGGCAUCCAUUGAGAACAUGGUCAACAGCAGCAUCAAUCAGAAGGAGCCUCUUCCGGUCGAUGUGAGUGUGGAAGUCGAAUUAAAACUGGACUCCCCUCAACCGAACCCCAACCCGGUGCUGAGCGAGCCGAAGCCAAAGGAGGGACCUAGCAGGUGCAACACCUGCCGCAAGCGCGUGGGCCUGACCGGAUUCAGUUGUAGGUGCGGGAACCUGUUCUGCUCGGUGCACCGCUACUCGGACAAACACGAGUGCCCGUUCGAUUACCGGUCGGCUGCUCAGGAAGCCAUAGCGAAGGCGAACCCCCUCGUCAAAGCAGAAAAGCUCGACAAGAUCUGAAAGGGCUGACGUGGCGGGAAUCUAUCUUUACAUAUCCGGUGAUGGUUCGUCAUGCCGAUUGUCUGCGUCUCGAAAGAUUGUGGUUUGUGUGGAGUCCUGUGUCAGUUGGGUAAGGGUUGAUUACUUUGGUUUAGUUUGUAGGCUGUCGAAUUAACAUUAUUAUUAUUGUGGAAUUUGUAAUUUGCUCAUAUUUCUCUAUUGUGUUACUGCUCA